UAUCCCUACUGCCGGAAAUAUUUAAUCUCGUACGUCUUUGGGUCCUAUGUUAAUUUUGUCACGUGAUUACACAAGUAUGGCGACUCUCGAAGAUAAAGCGAUCUGGGAAGAUGGAGAAGAAAGUUUAGGUGAACAGAUUCUGAAACUGAACACAGAUGAAAUUGUUACAAGGACAAAACUGCUUGAAAAUGAGAUCAAGAUUAUGAAAAGUGAAAUUCUGAGGAUAAACCAUGACUUGACAGCAACAAAAGAAAAAAUCAAAGAAAACACGGAGAAGAUAAAAGUCAACAAAACUCUGCCAUACUUGGUUUCAAAUGUUAUUGAGUUACUGGACAUGGAACCCCAGGACAGUGGGGAGGAAGACGGAGCUAACAUUGAUCUUGACGCACAGAGAAAGGGCAAAUGUGCUGUGAUAAAGACAUCCACAAGACAGACAUAUUUCUUACCAGUCAUUGGAUUGGUAGAUCCAGAAAAACUGAGUCCUGGGGACAUUGUGGGCGUUAACAAGGAUUCCUACCUGAUAUUGGAGACCUUACCUCAGGAGUAUGACUCCCGAGUGAAGGCUAUGGAAGUGGAUGAGAGGCCCACAGAACAGUACUCAGAUAUUGGUGGGCUUGACAAACAGAUUCAAGAGCUCAUUGAAGCAGUAGUGUUACCAAUGACACACAAAGAAAGAUUUGAAGCUCUUGGAAUUCAACCACCAAAAGGUGUGUUACUGUACGGUGCCCCAGGAACUGGUAAGACCCUUCUAGCUAGAGCCUGUGCAGCACAGACCAAGUCAACGUUUCUAAAGCUGGCCGGUCCUCAGCUGGUGCAGAUGUUUAUUGGAGAUGGAGCUAAACUCGUCAGAGAUGCAUUUGCCCUCGCUAAAGAAAAACAGCCAGCAAUCAUAUUUAUUGACGAGUUGGAUGCGAUAGGAACAAAGAGAUUUGAUUCUGAGAAGGCUGGUGACAGAGAAGUUCAGAGAACUAUGUUGGAGUUACUGAACCAGAUGGAUGGUUUUAUGCCUAAUGCACAAAUUAAGGUGAUAGCUGCCACAAACAGGGUGGACAUUUUGGACCCUGCUCUGCUAAGGUCAGGGAGGUUAGACAGAAAAAUAGAAUUCCCACACCCCAAUGAAGAAGCAAGGGCUAGAAUCCUACAGAUCCACUCCAGGAAAAUGAAUGUUAGCAAAGAAGUUAAUUUUGAGGAGUUGGCCAGAUGUACAGAUGAUUUCAAUGGUGCCCAGCUCAAGGCAGUAUGUGUGGAAGCUGGUAUGAUUGCAUUAAGGAGGGAAGCCACAGAAUUAGACCAUGAAGAUUACAUGGACGCCAUUAUUGAAGUACAAGCCAAGAAAAAAGCAAACCUCAUGUAUUAUGCUUAAAGACAGUGAAUUUCACAGUGUUAGGACUUUGUCGUCAUCUUUGAGAUCUGAAAUAAUGGAAACAAAUACAACUGAUGCUGAAUGACAUUUUGUGAAUGAAACAUUCAAAGCUAAUGUCAUUUAUAAUUAGUGACAAUAUAUUUGAGUAAAUGUUAUUAAAUUCAGAUCUUUACUCAUGAAA